AUGGGUACGAUUUCGAAGUCUACAAACUCUCUUGCUUUCUUCUUCAAUCAUGAUUCUCAUCUUAGGGUUUCUUCCAAUGCUCAAAAUUUUUAUUAUUAUUGUCGUUGUUUUAGUGCUACUUCUGCUAAAACUCCCAAUAGUGGUAGAGAUAUUGUGGAAAGCCCCAAUCAGUUCUUAAAAUCUGUCAGAGAUCGUUGCAGAUCUCGUAGCAUUAGGAAUCUUGAUGAUGCCUUAGCCCUGUUUGAUAGAAUGCUUCACAUGCACCCUUUGCCUUCCCUCAUGGAUUUUAAUCAAUUGCUGGGUGCAAUCGCAAGAAUGAAGCAUCACUUAACUGUUAUUACUUUGAUUAAAGAAAUGGAACUGUCAGGAAUUGCUCCCGAUGAUUAUAUUCUGAGUGUUUUGAUUAAUUGCUUCUGCCAUUUGAACCGGGUGGAUUUCGGCUUCUCUAUCUUCGCAAGAAUUUUGAAACUUGGUUUUCAACCAAACUGUGUAAUUCUUACUACUCUUGUCAAGGGGGUCUGUCUUCAGGGUAAAAUUGCUGAAGGUUUAAAGUUCGUUAACGAAAUGGAGAACAAUGGCUAUAAACCAAAUACAUUUACCUACGGAACGGUAAUGAAUUGUUUGUGUAAAAUAGGUAAGACCGGUGAAGCUGUUGGGUUGCUUCGGAAAAUGGAAGAAAGAAAUCUUGAACUUGAUGUAGUGCUGUAUAGCACAAUCAUUGAUAGUUUAUGUAAGGACAGAUUGGUAACUGAGGCUUUGACUCUUUUCUCUGAAAUGACAAAUAGAGGAAUUCAGCCAGACGUUGUCACUUACAAUUCUUUAAUUCAGGGCCUAUGCAAUUUCGGUCAGUGGGAGGAGGUAACUAAACAAUUGAAUGAGAUGGUGGAAAGGAAAAUCAUGCCCGAUUUGCAUACAUUCAGCAUAUUGGUGGACACACUUGGCAAAGAAGGGAGGUUAACAAAGGCUGAAGAAGUUUUUGAUGCGAUGAUUAAGAGAGGCAUAAAGCCUAAUGUAGUCACGUACAAUUCUUUGAUUGACGGUUAUUGUUUGCAAAAUAAAAUGGAUGAAGCUGUCAAAACAUUUAAUACGAUGGUUCGAAAGGGUUGUUCGCCUUGUGUUGUUAGUUAUAACAUAUUGAUCAAUGGAUAUUGUAAGAAUAGAAAAAUUGAUGAGGCAGUAAGUCUAUUUCGUGAAAUGUCCACAAAAGGAUUUUUUCCCAAUGUUGUCACUUAUAGCACUCUAAUUGGAGGGUUUUGCCUAGUUGGGAGACCUAAAAUUGCAUUAGAGCUACUUCACGAGAUGCAAGGUUGUGGCCAACCUCCGAAUAUCCAAACUUGUGCUAUUUUGUUAGAUGGCCUAUGUAAGAAUCUACACUUUACUGAGGCAAUGGCAUUGUUUAAGGAAAUGGAAGACAAAAGGUUAGACCUUAAUAUUGUGAUUUACAGCAUCUUGAUUGAUGGUAUGUGUAAUGCUGGGAAACUUACGACUGCAAGUGAAUUAUUUAAUGCUCUUCCUACCAAAGGUUUGCAACCUAAUGUUUGGACUUACACUAUAAUGAUGAAAGGGCUUUUCAAAGAGGGAUUACUAAAUGAAGCGAGGGAGCUAUUUGAGAAAAUGGAAGAGAACGGUUGUUCACCUGACCAUGUCACUUAUAACACAAUCAUUGAAGGCUUCCUGCAACAUAAUGAGAUAUCAUGGGUAGUGAAAUAUCUCAAGAUGAUGGUUGACAAGGGUUUCUCGGCAAAUGCAACCACUGCAACCAUUUUGAUCGACUUGAUGUCUACUAAUCGAGCAGAUAAAACAUUACAAGAUUUUUUUCAAAUAUCAGUGUGAAAGCUUUAUAGUUCUUCAACGUGUAGGACAAAUUUCAUUUUCUAACCUUUGCAGAGUCAAUCUAUAAGGAAUACAUAUUUGCUUCGCCUGGUGGGAAAGAAAUCACGUUUAAGCGAGUGCUCUUGAAUAAUUGCCACGAGGCAUUUGAAGGAGCUGACAACCUAAGGGCAGAAAUUAGGCGGAUGACUGCCCCUAAGCAAGAAAUGGAAUGCAGGGAUAAAGAACGGAUGGUUAAGCUGCAAACUCUAGGAAACAUACGCCUUAUUGGGGAGAUUUUGAAGCAGAAAGAUGGUGCCCGAAAAGAUUGUCCACCAUAUUGUUAAGGAGCUUUUGGAACAAGAUGGAAUAGCAUGCCCAGCAGAGGAGAAUGUUGAGGCAAUAUGUCAAUUUUUUAACACCAUUGGUAAGCAGCUGGAUGAGAGCCCGAAAUCUCGGCGAGUGAAUGAUAUCUAUUUCAGCAGGUUGAAGGAGCUGACUGCAAAACCCCAACUUCCGCCACGAUUAAGGUUCAUGGUUCGUAAUGUUCUUGAUUUGAGUACCAACAACUGGGUCUCUUGUUGUGAAAAAGAGAUGAAGGCAAAGACCAUCAGUGAAAUCCAUUAGGAGGUAGAGAAGAAUCUAGGUUUGUGUCCUGGUGCAACUGCAAUCAUCAGAAAUGGUCGUAAUACUGAGGCCCUCGGGGAUACAUAGCCCAUAGGUUUUGGGGGUAUGAUGCCUGGAAUGCCCGGCGUUGAUACUUACAAUUGGGAGGUUCCUCAGACAUGUCCAGCCAUCUUUGAUCAGCAAAACACCUUAAAUUCAAAGUUUUUACCGCAAGGUAGUGGCAGUAUUAUCACUGGUAAAACAAGUGCCUUUUUGCCGGGCGGUGGUGCGCCACCCGUCCAACCUAGUUCUUUUUCAGGAAUUGAAACUGUUACGAGAAACACCAAGCCUGUAGCUCUUGCUGCAUCAGUGAUACCUUCUCCUUUGAAGCCACUGGCUCUGGCAGCAGGAUCAAAUCCUGUCAAUGUGUGGUGGAGCUAAAAGCCCCAGCAUAUUACCCCAUUACAUAGACAAUUUUUAAAAGCACCAUAGAGUUGCGGUUUGAAGGCCUCGAUCAUGUCCGCUACACAUGAGACCAACUGUUACAACUUGCGUAGGCUGCUGCUAUCCCUGAAGACAUUUUGAAGAUUGAACAAGAAAUAGAGGCUGAGUUUGUUGGCAAGGAUCAAAAUUGGGGUCGUGCAGAUAGCAAUCAACCUCAAUCCCAAAGUCAUUAUUCUAAGUCAGACAACCGCGAUUGGCUUGGUCAUUCUGCUCAGCUACCUGCCUCUGGAGAGGAGAGAUCCUGGAAGGCCAUCCGAGAUAAUGAGGAAUUUUCUAGCGGAUUUGAGUCCAAGGCCGCAGGAAUUAAAUAAUGGCCAUGAUCAGGCAAACUCCCUAUUUGCAAGGCCUCACAUCUUUAGUGGCCAAGGGAUAACUGCUUACAUGGUCUUGUUUUGUCUGUUAUGCUGCAUGCUAUAUAGAAGGGAAAUUUGUACAUUUAUGUAUUUUCCUGAUUUUCUGAUCUAAACAGUUGACAACAUCUUCACGCCCUCAACUUCCAAAAAUUAUUUACCUGUGGAAACAAGCUACUUCUUGAUGUGUAAUUCUUUUUAAGUCCAGUUUACCUUGAGUCACUUGGGAGCACACUAGUAAAUGUUUAGAUAUAAAUUACAAUUCUAAUUAUAUGUAGUUUAAUGUUGCCUAAAACUCAAUAGAAUCAAAAUUGCACUAUGGAUUUUGUCU